GUGGGGGAGGGGGUCGUCGAAGUUGGCGGAACCGCCAUCUUGAAAAGUACAGUCCGAAGAUCUACCUUUUCGCGCCUGCUAGAAUCACUUUUGAACACAUUAUUUUUCUUUCUGGAAUAUAAUAUUAUUUCCAGAUUCUUACCGGUAAGGUCAAAGGCUAAUGGCGGGAUAAGCUACAUGCUCAAGAUUUGUCGUUUCCAGCUGCCAGUCGGCCUGUCCAGCAUCUCUCCUUCUGCCCGUCCAGCCGGCUCUCCUGGAAUGGGCCACAACCUCCAAAGACUAGGACAAAUCUCUUUUUAACCUGAGCUCCAUAGUCUGGACUCUGAUAUAUAUUUACAGAUCCACCAUGUUUUGGAAAUUUGACCUCCACACCACAUCUCACAUCGACACACUCCUGGAGAAGGAGGACGUGACCCUGACAGAGGUCAUGGAUGAGGAUGAUGUCCUGCAGGAGUGCAAGGCUCAGAACCACAAGCUGGUGGAUUUCCUCCUGAGAGCGCAGUGCAUGGAGGACCUGGUCACCUUCAUCACCCAGGAGCCUAGUGCUGAUGUAGAGGAAAAGGUCAAAUACAAGUAUCCCAACAUAUCAUGUGAGCUGCUGACAUCAGACGUGAGCCAAAUCAAUGACAGAUUGGGAGAAGAUGAGAUGUUGCUGAUGAAACUGUAUGGUUUCCUGAAGAACGACCCACCGCUGAACCCCCUCCUAGCCAGUUUUUUCUCCAAAGUGCUGUCUAUUCUUAUAGGACGCAAGCCUGAACAGAUAGUGAAUUUUCUAAGGAAGAGAGACGACUUUGUUGAUCUGAUGAUCAAACACAUCGGGACGUCUGCCAUCAUGGACCUGCUGCUCAGAAUGCUCACAUGCAUUGAACCCCAGCAACUACGACAUGAUGUUCUUAAUUGGCUGAAUGAGGAGAAAGUGAUUCAGAGGUUGGUUGACAUGGUCCAGCCUUCUCAAGAUGAAGAUAGACACUCCAACGCCUCCCAGUCUUUAUGUGAAAUCAUCAGAUUGAGCAGAGACCAGAUGUUUCAGGUCCAGGGCUGCUCUGAGCCCGAUCCUCUUCUGGCUACGCUAGAGAAGCAGGAAACGGUGGAGCAGCUGCUCUCAAAUAUUUUUGAGAAGGACAAAAACGAGUCUGCUAUAGUCAGCGUCAUCCAGAUCCUGCUCACGUUGUUUGAGACCAGGAGACCAGCGUUCGAGGGUCACAUGGAAUGCCCUCCUGGGAUGUCCCACCCCUCAUUCUCAGUCAACCACAGCAUCCUGGAGGCUGUGAGACCCCGCCUCAAAGAUUUCCACCAGCUGCUGCUUGAACCCCCAAAGAAGAAUGUGCUGAAGACAACGUGGGGGGUCCUGGAUCCACCGGUGGGCAACACCAGGCUCAAUGUGGUCAGACUGGUGGCCAGUCUGCUGCAGUGCAACACUCACAGCAUCAAUGCAGAACUCAUAAACCUCAACACACUGGGAGUCAUACUAGAUAUGUAUUUCAAAUACAUUUGGAACAACUUCCUCCAUAUUCAGGUGGAAAUCUGCACAGCAAUGAUUCUGGCUAUGCCUCCAGCUCCGGCAGAGCCGCAGCCAGACGGGGAUCUGGGUGGCGCAGCAGAGAGCGCCCUCAUCAGACAUCUGUUUCAAGCCUGUCAGCUGAUCCAAAGAAUCGUAGAUGCCUGGCGCUCCAAUGAGAAAGAGCAAUCAGAGGGCGGUCGGCGACGAGGCUACAUGGGCCAUCUGACCAGAAUAGCCAAUUCCAUUGUUCAUAACAGUGACAAAGGUCCUAAUGGCCCACAGAUACAGGGCCUCAUCUCUGAGCUUCCCACAGAGGACAGAGAGAACUGGGAGGCUUUCAUUUCUGGGCAGCUUGCUGACACAAACAAAAGAAACACUGUUGACCUGGUGAACACUCAUCACAUCCAUUCUUCCAGCGAUGAUGAGGUGGACUUUAAAGAUGGUGGCUUCCACCAGGACUCUUCACUUCAACAAGCCUUUUCUGAUUAUCAGAUGCAACAAAUGACGUCCAAUUUUAUUGAGCAGUUCGGCUUCAAUGACGAAGAGUUUGCUGACCAGGAUGAUGUUGUGGAUAUUCCAUUUGAUAGAAUAUCAGACAUCAACUUUUCCCUGAAUACGAAUGAAAGUGCAAAUAUAGCCUUGUUUGAGGCGCGCUGUAAGGAGAAAAUCCAGCAGUUUGAAGAUGCUGGUUCAGAUGAAGAGGACAUCUGGAAUGAAAAGGAUGUCACCUUCGCUCCAGAGGCACAGAGACGUCCGAGGAGUUCAGGCAGCACCGACAGCGAGGAGAGCACAGACUCAGAGGAAGAGGACUCAAAGAGAGAUCCGUUUGAACCCUGUAACUCCGGCUCUGAUGACCGCAUGGAGGUGGACACAGCGCCAGUGUGGACGGCCAGCUUUGAUGACGUUCCCAUGGAGACGGGUUCGGGUGCAGCUGCAGCCUCCAGCCCCAGCACCCCUGAUGCAUCCUCUCCUUUGUCUUCUACCACAGCAGCUCCCGCAGAGGCGACCUGGAACUCGUCUCCUGCCGCAGCGGCGCCCGGCGGGGAGUCGGGUUGGGCAGACUUCUCCAGCUUCUCUCCCGUCUGUCCCAAAGACCCUCUAAGGUGCAACUCUCCCGUCGCUAUGGAAACUAGCAUGGAAACGAUAGACCCUCUGGGGGUCAAUGCCCCAAUGCGUCCUGACGACUGCGGCAGCGUGACGGCGACGGACGAGUCAUCGUGCUCGGAGCAGCGCAGCAUCACAGAGACGGUCAUCAACGGCUCCAUGAAGGAAACAGUCAGCCUCACUGUUGAUGCCAAAACAGAGACGGCCGUUUUCAAGAGAGUGUUGAAAUCUUAUCGUGAUGAAGAGAAGCUGGGUCCUUCAGAGGCCUUCCUGCUGCUGGAGCGCACCGAAUCGACCGGGAACAGCAUAACUUCAGCCGGCUCUCCAAACACAGGCAGUGAGAAGUGUCGGCCCGCGGCGGAGCUUCCCAAUGGACCUCUAAAAGAAAUGUCCAACAUGGAGGACGCCAAGCUGGACAGGAACUCUGUUUCCUCAGAGCAAGCUGUGAACGGGCCGGCGUGAGGACGGACCGGCUGCUGCUCAGAGCUCAACCAAUCACACGUCCCGACAGGACCAGCAAUACUCCCAUUGGCUCAUUAUUGAUGGAAAGGCCGACAGGUGUACAGAAUGAUCCCCAAACGACAAAAUGAGAGACGGACUCAGGCGCAUAGAGAAUAAUUUUUUUUUUUCUGCAUUUGUUUAUAUACCGUUGUUCCUAUGAGGUGAUGUGCGACUGAUAUCUUGACACUCAAAAUGAAAUAGUAAUGUUGCUAUAGUUAAAGACAUGAUUGUAUGAAUAAAAUAUUUUAUGAAAAGAAGAA